AUGUCUAACAAGGCCGCUUGGAUGAAGGCUCCCAAAGCUUACCCUUUGGAGAUUGGGCCGGCUCCCUUUCCAGAGCCUGGCCCUGGAGAGGUUGUUGUCAAGAGCCGGGUCAUCGCUUUGAAUCCUGUGGAAAUCAUGGUGCAGACAAUCGACUUGUUUAAUAAGACCUUCCCUUGCAUUAUAGGUACGGACGUUGCUGGUAUCGUUGAAGCAGAUGGCGAGGGUGUGACACACCUGAAGAAAGGCCAAAGGGUCUUGGGGUACUGCAUGGGCCUGGGGGUUGAUGACUCGGCCUUUGGAGCUUACCAGCUGUACCCUAAAGUCCAUGCUUCUCUAAUGGCCCCAUUUCCGGAUAGCGUUACCUUCGAGCAGGCAUCGGUGCUGCCUCUGGCUAUCACCACUGUUGCCGUGAAUCUCUAUCAUCCCGACCACCUUGGCCUUCAACUUCCAAGCCUGAGCCCUACCCCCUCGGGAAAGACUCUUUUCGUCUGGGGGGGCUCGUCUUCAGUUGGUUCCACCGCCAUCCAGCUGGCAGUUGCCUCUGGCUUUGAGGUCGUGGCCACGGCAUCAUUGCAAAACCAUAGGCUAGUCGAGUCGCUUGGGGCGGCAGUCGUCCUCGACCACAAGUCCCCUGACAUUGUAGACGAGGCUAUUGCGACAUUAUCCCAACGGGAGGUUGUAGCUGUAUUCGAUGCUAUAUCCACCCCGGCGACCAUGAAGCCUCUCGAUGCCAUUCUGGACAAGGUCGGACCUCUCAAGGUGGGAGUUGUCAUACCACCCGAUAUGCCGCUGUCGAAGAACUUCCAGCCAACAGUGUCGCUCGCGUUUGAGAUAUUGAAUGAAAAGGGCAAGGAUGUUCUCCAGGCUGUUUGGGGAGAAUUCGUACCCAAGGCUAUUGCGUCCGGUCGGCUGCAGUUCAAGCCAGAUCCGGUUGUUGUUGGCAAGGGCUUGGAGGGCCUACAAGAUGGAUUGGACAAAUUAAAGGGUGGCGUUUCAGCACAUAAAUAUGUUGUCCAGAUUUGUGACGAUCGUGUAUUUCCCAAGGAAUAA